AUGCUAAAUAUAGGCAGUAGCUCCAGUAUUCAUUUGUAUUCUCCCACAAUCAGGGUUGUGGUAGCCAUAUCCAUGGCUUUGACAAUUUCCCAUGAGCAGAUGACUGAAAUCUCAUCAGAACCCCAGAAUCACCUUCCCUCUUUAAAAGAUAACUCACACACUAAACUCAAUAUGUGGUAUGUACGUGCUCAGUCAUGUCCAACUCUUUGCAACCCCAUGGACUGUAGCCUGCCAGGCUCCUCUGUCCAUGGAAAUCUCCAGGCAAGAAUACUGGAGUGGGUUGCCAUUUCCUCCUCCAGGGGAUCUUUGAACCUGUGUCUCCUGCGUUGA